UCUUUUUUCGUAAAGAAUUUUAAUUUAUGGACAAAGGAUGGGGACUUACCCUUGAAUCCGAUACUGCUACUAGUAAUUUUUUCUCCAGCAAAACUAGUUCUACAAAGGGUAGUUUCCUUAGGUUGAACCAGCAAAGAGACAUGUUUCAGUUUCCGAUCAGCCUUGCCGGCUCUAGAGACGACAGCCAGCGAACCUCCGGUUCUUCCUCCUCACCGUCCGAUGAUACACGGAUUCCCGUCGACGAGGUUGACUUUUUCUCUGAUAAGAAAUCGAGGACCUUUGAUGAUGACCGUGUUAAGAAGGAACACGGCGAACCAGCUCGUGCCUCCGAUUUGGAUGUAAAUACUGGGUUGCUUCUUCUGACAGGCAGAAGUGAUCAAUCAACUGUUGAUGAUGGUGUCUCAUCGGAUAUGGAAGAUAGGCGAGCCAAGGAUGAACUGGCGCAGUUACAAGUGGAGUUGAAACGCAUGAAUGCUGAAAAUCAAAAGCUUAAAGACAUGCUUAGCUAUGUCGGCAACAAUUACACUGCUCUCCAGAUGCACCUUGUGACCUUAAUGCAGCAGCAACAAAACCGAGAAACCGAAACCAUCCAAGAACAACAUCAGAUUCAAGAAGUGAAAUCCGAAGAGAAGAAACACGGUGAAGAGGUAAUGCCUUUCAAAAUAUUAGAUCCAGGCCCCUCCGGUGGAGCAGAAGCAGCCGAGAUGCUGUCCAUCCAUUCAUCGUCGGAAGAAAGAACUCGUUCAGGGACACCUCAAAACAACGUGGAAAAAAGAAUCGGUAGAGAAAGCCCUGAAUCCGAAAGCUGGGGACCUAAUAGCAAAGUCCCAAAGCUGACUUCUGGGAAACCGAUUGAUCAAUCCGUCGAGGCCACCAUGAGGAAAGCUCGUGUCUCGGUUCGAGCUCGAUCGCAAGCUCCCAUGAUAACUGAUGGAUGCCAAUGGAGAAAAUAUGGACAAAAGAUGGCUAAAGGAAACCCAUGUCCUCGAGCUUAUUACCGAUGCACCAUGGCUGCUGGUUGUCCCGUCCGGAAACAAGUUCAACGCUGCGCGGAUGAUAGAACAAUCUUGAUAACAACAUACGAGGGCAACCACAACCACCCACUGCCUGCGCCCGCGAUGGCAAUGGCAUCAACAACGGCAGCAGCAGCCAGCAUGUUGCUUUCAGGGUCAAUGCCAAGUGCAGAUGGUAUCAUGAACCAAAACUUGCUUGCAAGGGCAAUCCUUCCAUGCUCCUCAAGCAUGGCGACCAUAUCGGCCUCGGCGCCAUUCCCCACCGUGACAUUGGACCUAACACACUCACCGAACCCUCUACAAUUCCGAAGCCCACCACCGCCACCGCUGCAGCCGCAGCAAUUCCAAGUCCCUUUCUACUCCCAACCCCAAAACUUGCCUCAAAUUUUUGGUCAGCCAUUGUACAACCAGUCAAAAAUCUCAGGCUUGCAGCUGUCACAUGUCCCACAUCCACAAUUUCAGCAGCCUCAACAACCUUCGUUGGCGGACACGGUUACCGCCGCCAUCACGAACGAUCCCGGCUUCACCGCAGCCCUCGCGGCAGCCAUCAAAUCCAUCAUCGGCGGCAGUCAUCCAAAUAGUAGCAGCAACACCUCCAACAACAACACAUCAAGCAACACGAAAUAACUAAGAUCUUAGAACACGCACACGCACACACACAGCAUCAUCCUCUCCUAUCAUUGUCCCGUUUUAAUGAUUCAGUUCAGAUUUUCGAGUAAAUACACCCAAAAAAGAACAUCAUCUCCUUU